AUGAAUAAUUUACUUCUUUCAAUAGUUGAUCAUCAGGGAAUACCAUCCACUGAUCAACAAAUCAAAGAUGAAGCAUUAACAUUUGUACUUGCUGGUAAUCUUAUGUUAUCAUAUCUUAGUAGCAUGCAAGAAGACAUUGAUGGAAUAUUACCGAAUGGUACGGAACCUACAAAUAAAUAUUUUACUACAUUAGUUCCCUUUUCUGAAAGAAAGGGUUAUAGGCUCGAUGAAAAUGCUUAA